UUUAUGUUCCUCUCCUUAGUUACAGGAAGUAUACCCAGAGGAAAUGAAAUAUAAUGAUGAUUGUGAUGAUAAACAUUUUAGUAUAGGACUCAGUAAACUUUGUGAAAUUAUUCUUGGUAAACCUUUAAAUAAGGAAGAACGUUUAUGUGAUUGGGAGAAGAGACCUUUGACUGAUUCACAGCUUGAAUAUGCAGCACUUGACGCUUACUGUUUACUGCAAAUGUAUGAUAAAUUGAAGAAAUUUGCAUCAGAAAAAAGUAUGAAUUUUGAUCAUUUGUGUACAGUGGCUAUUGUAAUGACAACUUCACUUUGGAAGCCAAAGAAAAAAAUAAAAGGGAACAGAACUGGGAGAUCUCUCAACAUUCAGACACCAGUUCCUGUAGAGCAGUUUAAAGUGGUAAUGGAUUCUGAUUUAGAAAUAUUGGGCAAGAAGUUGAAAGGAUAUGGAGCUGAUGUUUUAAUUUUUGACAAAUCUGAUGCACCUGAAGAUAUUGCAGCAGUAGCAGAAUCAGAUGGAAGGAUAAUUAUUUGUUCUGAAAAAAUUGGGGAAAUGGUGAAAGAUAAAGUAAAGGAUGGCUUUUGUUACACUGUAUCAAAAAAUCCUGAUGAAUUAAGUGUAGUUUCUGAUGUAAUCCAGUAUUUUAAUGUACAGUUAAAUAGGAAGAAGAUAUUUUCACGUUGCUUUAUCUGCAGUAAUGAAGAUUGCAUAAAAUUACAGCCAGAUGAUAUGAAUUUAUUAAGAAAACUGGUAUCGGUAAAAGAGUCAAAUGCUCAAACAUGUGAUUUAAGCCUGCUAAGAAGUGAAUUGGAACCAGUUGUAAAUCGCUUGUUUAGUUCAGAAACUGUGUUAAAAUUUAAUAAUUAUAGCAAUACUGGAAUGCAUAAAAUGGAAACACUUUUGUGUACAAAAUGUGGUAAUAUAUUUUGACAAAAGCUAGUAAACUAUUUUGUAAAUAGAAAUAAUGUACAGAAAUAUUUCUGUAGAUAUAGAUUAUUUAAAUAAAAUUGUUUUUAAAAAAUAAAUUUGGUUU